CACUUCACUCUUCGUAGUCUCUUCUAGGGUUAAAGCAGCGCAGCUAGAAAAAAAAAAGGGUUUUGUGAAAGAAAUUUGAAAUCAUGAGUUCUAGGUUAUCUGGGAAGGUGAAGUGGUUCAACGAUCAGAAGGGGUUUGGAUUCAUUACCCCUGAUGAUGGUACCGAGGAGCUUUUCGUUCACCAAUCUCAGAUCCAGACUGAUGGUUUCAGGAGUCUUGCUGAAGGUGAAUCUGUCGAGUAUCAGGUUGAAUCUGAUUCCGAUGGACGAUCCAAGGCUGUUCAGGUGACUGGUCCUGAUGGUGCGUCUGUGCAGGGAAGCAAGCGUGGUGGAGGAGGUGGUUAUGGAGGCGGUGGUGGUGGUUAUGGAGGCGGUGGUGGCUACAACAGUGGCGGUGGAGGUGGUUAUGGUGGAAGCAGAGGAGGUGGCGGAUACGGUGGAGGAGGUGGCGGAUACGGUGGAGGAGGAGGUGGUUAUGGUGGAGGAGGUCGAGGAGGAGGACGUGGUGGAGGCGGCGGCGGUGGCGCUUGCUAUAACUGUGGUGAAUCUGGUCACAUGGCGAGGGAUUGCAGCCAGGGUGGAAGCGGAGGUGGAGGUGGUGGAAGAUACAGUGGAGGAGGUGGUGGAGGCGGCGGUGGCGGUGGAAGCUGCUACAGCUGUGGAGAAUCUGGUCAUUUUGCGAGAGAUUGCCCAACCAGUACCCGUUAGAUCUCUGCGGAUUACUUUUUAUGAGUAAUGUGUUGGUGAUUUAGUUGGUUUUUUAAGUUUCAGAGUCGCCUUUUUUGGUUUUGAUUUUAUCUUUAUAUUUUGCAAUAGUUUUAGGGGUUUUUGUGCUGGAUCUAUCUAUUAUGCGAACUCUUGGUUUUUAUAAUGAAUGAAUGAAAUGUCGGGCUUAUUUUGUUCA